AUGGCUCGUUCAAGAGGUUCAGGUUCAAGAGGUGGUUUUGGCUCCAGAUCAGGGUCUGCAGGUGGGUUUUCUGGUCAACAGACUAGGUCAGCCUCCACAAUGGCAGCUCCUACUAGAUCAAAUACAGCAUAUUCACAUCCUCCAGCGGCAUCGCCAGCUCAGGCACAAUCCCAAGGCACACAACCAGGGAUGUUCGCUCAAAUGGCCUCUACUGCAGCUGGUGUUGCUGUCGGUAGUGCUGUAGGUCACACCGUCGGUGCCGGUUUAACUGGUAUGUUCAGCGGUAGUGGUAGUGAACAAGCUCAAGCUCCUGCCCAGGCACAAGCUGUUGACUCAGCAACUUCAGCAGGUUCUGCUGGUAGUUGUGAUGUGGAUGCUAGAAAUUUCACUCGUUGUUUAGAAAGCAAUGAUGGUAAUAUGCAAAUUUGUGAUUAUUACCUUCAACAAUUGAAAGCAUGUCAAGAAGCCGCAAGACAGUAUUGA